AUGCAGGAGAUACCUCUCUGCCUCAGAGUUGGAAACCUUCUCCCCUACUCCAUGUCAGAUUCCAACACAACCGACUUCACCAACCCCUCCACCUUCAUCCUGCUGGGCAUUCCUGGCCUGGAGGCAGCCCACGUCUGGAUCUCAAUCCCCUUCUGCACCAUGUACGGCAUAGCUGUCUUAGGAAACUUCACCAUUCUAUUCAUUGUGAAGAGGGAGCCAACUCUCCAUGAGCCCAUGUACUAUUUCCUCUGUAUGCUGGCUGUCAUUGACCUGGUCCGAUCCACAUCCAUCCUGCCCAAAAUGCUGAGCAUCUUCUGGUUCAAUUCCAGGGAAAUAGAUUUCAAUUCCUGCCUCACCCAGCUGUACUUUAUUCACUGCUUCUCAGUGAUAGAGUCUGGGAUUUUCGUGGCCAUGGCUUUUGAUCGCUAUGUGGCCAUCUGUGAUCCAUUGAAACAUUCCACUAUCCUGACAAACCACGUGGUGGCCAAGAUCGGGCUGGCCGUGAUGCUGCGUGGCAGCAUGCUCAUACUGCCCUAUCCCUUCCUGGUGAGGCGGUGGCCAUAUUGCAAAACCAACAUCAUCCCCCACUCAUACUGUGAGCACAUAGCCGUGGUGAAACUGGCCUGCGCAGACAUCCGCAUCAGCAGUUACUACAGUCUCUCUGUGGCAUUCUUUGUGAUUGGUCUGGAUAUGUUUUUUAUCACCAUGUCCUAUACCCAGAUCCUCAGGGCCAUCUUCAGCCUCCAAACAAAGGAUGCCCGGCUCAAGACUUUUGGGACCUGUGGUUCGCAUGUCUGUGUGAUCUCAGCCUUUUACAUCCCAAUUCUCUUCUCCUCCCUCAUGCACCGUUUUGGCCACAAUAUGCCCCUGCAUUUACACAUUCUCAUUGCCAACAUGUACCUCCUUGUGCCCCCUAUGCUAAACCCCAUCAUCUACGGAGUGAGGACUAAACAGAUCCGGGGCAGGCUGCUCUGGCUCUUUACUCAUAAAGGGACCUAA